CUCUGAGUUUGCCCGCAGUUGCAGUCCAGAGGUGAACUGCAGCCCAUGUCCCUUGCAGCACUCCAAACAUAAUUUAUUUUGAGAUUUUCUACCAACAUUGACAUUGCUGCCAAUUGAGUGCAUGUGGGUGGUAGAGGGACAGAGCACGGAUAAAUAGUUUUUUGUUUUCGUCAACGGCGCCCUCUUUCUACUCAAACUUCUAACCAAACCGUCUGAGGAUGGACGGGAACAGAACCAUCGACCCGAGCUGCAGGGACAGACCUCCCGUGGCCAUCGACAUAAUUUCCCAGUUGGACAUAUUUGGUAUCAUCCUGUACUCUGUGCUGACCUUCAUGGCAGUGGUGUCCAUGCUGGUCUACAUAGAGGAGUGUUGGUACAUCUACCGGAAGGUUCCCUCCCACAAGAAGAGCGCCAUCAUCUGGGUCAACGGGGCAGCGCCGGUGAUCGCCACCAUGUCCUGUCUGGGGAUGUGGAUUCCCCGAGCCACCAUGUUCACUGACAUGACCUCUGCCUGCUAUUUUGCGAUCGUAGUGUUUAAGUUCCUGGUGCUGAUGAUUGAGGAAGUGGGGGGUGACGAGGCGUUUCUACGGCGAGCAGGGAAAAACAAACUGAGGAUCAGUACUGGUCCCUGUUGUUGUUGCUGCCCCUGUCUACCCCAUGUUAACAUCACACGACGGAGUCUGUUCCUGCUGAAGUUGGGAUCGUUCCAGUUUGCCGUGCUAAAGAUCGCCUUCACCAUACUAUCAAUCAUCCUCUGGACCAAUGGCAACUUCGACAUCGCAGAUAUGGCGAUAACGGGAGCAGCCAUCUGGAUUAACCCAGGUGUGGGGGUUCUGACCAUCAUAGCACUGUGGCCUGUAGCCAUCAUGUUCAUGCACCUCAGGAUCACACUGCGCAGCCUCAAGAUCAUCCCCAAAUAUGCCAUGUACCAGCUGGUGCUGGUGCUGAGUCAGCUCCAGUCGGCCAUCAUCAACAUCCUGGCUAUGAACGGAACCAUCGCCUGCACGCCACCAUACUCCUCACAGGCCAGGGGAUAUUUGAUGAGUCAACAGUUGUUGAUCCUGGAGAUGUUCAUCAUCACCUUGGUAACCCGCUUGUUGUACCGCCGCCAGUAUGACCCACUCCCUGACGACGAGAAUGACGAUGAACACACCAAGAUGGUUAUACCGGCCAAUAAAUCUGACAUAGCGUGAGGGCAUGAGAGACUGUAUCUGUGUGUGUGUGCAUGUAUUAGAGACAAAGUGUGUGUGUGGUUUUGUUAGAAAGGCAGAGGGAGUGUGUGUGGUUUUGUUAGAAAGGCUGUGUGUGUGUUCAAGAGAAAGAGUAUGUGUGUAUGUUAUGUUACACUGAGGUCUGCAGUAAGAAUUUAAUCAGUUAUGGCAUUUUCUGGGUGAGCAAUGCUGUUAAGAUUGAUCAGAAGUCAUAAUCCCUCAGCCAGUGUGUUUGGAUAGUGUUGCUAUUAUGUAACUGUAAUCUAAGAAUUAUUUCAGAAAUGUAUUUUUCCUCAGAAGUUGUAUCUUUUGCCAUAGCCUUGGUGGACAUUAUAGUGUAUUAUCAUGAUCCAUUUAUAAUAUAUACAUUUUGAAACAUUUUCUCUAAGA